GUAACAGGGCAGGCGAUGCCAGAGAGUAAAGGACGAGGACAAGGAGGAGGUGGGGAUGGGUGCUUGCGGGGCAAGUGGAAACUGAGGAAGGGAGGCAGCCGGUCAGCCAUCCCGGCACUCUUCACGAUCUCUGAGGAAGAGGAGGGACAGAGACAGAGAGAUGCUUGCAGGAGGAGGAAAAAAGCAUCUUACUCCCAGUACAAACCUGAUUAUGGCAGCACAUCUUUAGCCACCCGCCCAGACUCGUCCGCUUCUGGACAAACCUACACUCCCACCCUGACACCCACCCCUAGUCACACCACCACCAGUAACAAUGCUCCCAUCAAAACAGAUUCAUUGCUUUUCAACAGAAUUGACGAGAGACAGAGGCUGGCCCGUGAGCGCCGAGAGGAGCGUGAGAAACAGAAUGCUGUCAAGGAGGCCCAGUGGCAGGCACGUGAGGAGAGAGCCAGGCAGUACUAUGAGAAGCACCUGGAGGAGAGGAGGAGAAAGCUGGAGGAGCAGAGGAUAAAGGAGGAGAAGAGACGGGCCGCCGUGGAGGAGAAACGACAGCAGAAGCUGGAGGAGGACAAGGCUCGCCAUGAGGCAGUGAUACGUCAGACUUUGGAUAGGAGCCAGAGAACCAGACAGAAGCCUGACCGUUGGUCAUGGGGAGGGGCACGGAAUACAAACACUCCCAGCACACCAGCUGAUGCUGACAGGAGGUCAGUGUCCACAAUGAACUUGUCCAAACAAUCUGAACAUGUCAUUACCAAGCGCCUGUCCUCCUCCUCUGCCACACUCCUGCACUCACCAGACCGAGGCUUACAGAUGAGAACAGCCUCCUCCCCUGUCAUUAACAAAGCUCAGUCCAAACCCCUCCUACGCCAGGGAAAGACCACCCAGCACAAAAACACAGGCCUGCGCCGCCUUCCACUGACACCAUGGGAGAGCAGUAUAGUGAGCCGCCUGCAGCAGCCAACACACUCCUACCUGGCCCGUAGCCGCAGCGCCAUGAGUCUGUCUGGAGAGCAAACAGUGUCUUGCCACCACAUGGGCUCCGUAUCCUUCAGGGCACUGCAGACCCAGCUGGUUCCUCCCUGCCGCAGCCAGGAGAGGAGCCGUAGCAGGGAGAUGGCCUCAUCCUCCUCCACCACUCCACGCAGGAGGACAAGUGGAGCUACACAGCAGAAGGAUCGUGACAAUGUCAGGAAAUCAUGGAGCAACCUGUCUGUCCCACUGGCUCCCAUUCUGACUCUGCCCCCCAAGAAACGCACUUCUUCUCCAGGAAAGAAGAACAGCAAAUUGACAGCACCCUCUUCUUGCAGGCCUCCCCAGAAGCCAGCAGGACAUCCUCCAACCCCCAAACUGCUUAAGUCUCCAGGGGCUGAAGAAACUGGAAAUGUUCGUCCUGUCAGGAUUACAACCAAGAGCCCCCGCUCACCAACACCCACCAGAUCUGAAGAGGAAGAGCAGGUCCUCAGUCCUCUUCAGCCUCGACCUCAGCCGCUGGGCCAGAACAAGAGCCCAGCUGAACACACACCAGCAGCACCAACAGCAACCAGCGAGAGUGUAAGCAGUCCUGCAGCCCAGAAGCCCUCAGCAGGCACUACAGACCCAGAGGAGGCGAGUCGUAUCCUGACUGAGAAAAGGCGACUGGCCCGUGAGCAAAGGGAGCGAGACGAGGAGGAGCGCAGGCUACAGGAGGAGCAGGCGAGGUUAGCAAAGGAGGAGUUGGCUCGCCGAAAGGCAGAGGAGCGAGCAAAGAGAGAAGAGGAGGCUCAGCGGCAAGCGGAGGAGAGGAGAGAGAGGGAGGAGGAGGAGAGGAGAAGGAGGGAGGAGGAAGAGAGGAAAGCAGAGGAAGAGAGACUUCAAAAAGAGAGAGAGGAUGCAGAGAAACUCCAAAAACAGGAAGAAGAGUCUCGACAGAGAGAGGAGGCAGAGCGGCUGAGGCAGGAGAGAGAGAAACGCUUCCAGAAAGAGGAGGCUGAACGCCUGGAGAGAAAAAAGCGUCUGGAGGAGAUCAUGAAGAGAACAAGACGUUCAGACACACCAGAGAAGAAAGUUAUUCCUAAUAGGAAUGGAGACAGUGCAGUAGUGACCCCUGCCUAUCCCGCUCCAUCUGCAGUGACUGUGUCAGAGACACAUAACAGCAAUGGCGACAGUCACCAGCCUGGCACCAGCCCAAACCCCGACACUUCAGCACUGAGCAAUUCUGACCAGAGGGAGAACGGGGAAUUUGAAGAGGUGAUUGUACUGCCUUCACAUCCCAGGUUGUCUCCUCCUGAAGGAGAAGAGGAGCAGCAGCAGCAGGAGGAGGAGGAGAGGGUUUCUUUCAUAGCCUUUAGAGAGAACGGCCUCCUAAAACCUCUGAGUGGAAGAGAGGAUAUAUCAGCCCAGCAGGGACCGGAUGUCGCCUGAUGUCCUGUUAGACUAAGAUGAUUCCACACCCAGAGAGAUUGGAACAGAGUUGGUCAGAGAGAAGUGGAGAAACACAGAGCUGUUGGAAGGGCUCACAGCACCAGCGGUGUACUUUCUAUCCCCCCGCCAGUGGGGGAGAGCAGCCAUUUCCCAAAGAUCUCCCUAAAGCAUCUCCAGAGAGUUACUGUUCCCUCAGCAGACUCUCUGGGGAAUGGAUAAUCUUUCUGUCUCUAUGUUUACACUCGGCCAUAAUGUCGUGUGUACGGCCCCAGCUACCUGAUUCUGAAGUGAAUGUCCUGAAAUCGCAGGAGGGCAAUAAGAGUAUUCCAUCUUUUGACUCUUGUGAUGUGUGUGUGUGAGAGAGUGAAUGAGAGACUAAUAAUAUAAACUGAGAUCAGUCAUGAUACUUGAAGUUGUUUCUAUAGAACACACUUUAGUCAUUGACAGAAUCAGCAGUGAAACUUGCACAGCAGGCCCAGAAUUACAAGGUUUAAUAACGUGUGUUCUUUCUAAAAGGAACCUCAUCAUUCUUGUUUCAACAUUUCUGUUGCAAUGUUACAGACAAGAUGGGAUGUACAGUAUGAACGAUGUCAGUUGUAUUAAGACAUAUUUGUGUAAUGUCAUUUUUUUCUGUGUCUACAGCGUUGAAGACUAUAGUUUAUUUGGAGAGGCAGGGGCCAUUGGAGUAUAGAGUUUAAGUUAAAUAAUGACAAAAAGAAAAUAAUGUCGUCCAAGAAAACUGACAGUCAGGGUGUAAAGUGCUAAUUUUAUUUAGUUUUAUUUAAUUGCUGUACAGAUAACGAUUAUUUUCUUCAUCCCGUCUUCAUUUUCUGUUCAGAUUGAAAAAGGAAUAUAUGCUUUGAUGUUUAGCCCUGCCCCUUCCUUUCACUUAUUUACCGUCACAGCUGCAUCCUACAUCCUGUCACGAUGUCGAACAUGACUGUGUUGGAGGAACUUGCUGUAGGUUAGCCAGUUUGUAUUGAAAAAUAACCUUUGUUUUGGCCAAAUGAGUACAGAAUGGAUUAAAAUAGUCACCUGAUAAUUCUGCAAUAAUCUGAUCUUCAUUGUUUAUGGAUUUAAGAAAUGCUGCUGUUUCUUUGCCUUACCACAGUGUAGAGGGACUGAGGUGACUCACCUGUUCCCACUGAAAUGAAGAUAUGCAUUCUCAGGAUGAGCUUUCACAUUCUGGCCACCUGCUCAGCCAGGCUUUUUAAAAAUUUUGUUAAAGUAUUAAGAUCAUGAGUUCAUCUCAUGAUGCUUGACUAUGUUAGAGCCUGAUUGUCCUUCAUACAGCUUUUCACAGGAACAAUGAAGAUUCAAAUAAUUAGACUACUGUGAUCUUCACUUGCAUCUUUAACUGACUCCCAGUAAUGUUCUUGGCAUUUUCUUAUCAAACAUUAGUACUUUGUUUAAAUUUUGCAGUAUCAAAAGGGAAGGAAGCUUCAGAACAUUUACCGAAGGCCUGGUUGUGUAGUGCUGCUUUGUCAGUAGUACACAGCAUGACAUUUUUAAAUAUGGUAACGUCACUGAGCUUGCAAACAUCAAAUCCAGGGUAUAAUAAGCACCUCUAUUAUAUCCACAAGGACUGGCCACAGGGCUUUGAACACUAACAAACCCUUUAAUUCAGAGGAAAAUGGGGCUAUGGGCUUGAGUGUUUUUGAACCACACUAAAACUGCAAUCUUUGUACAACUGCUGCAGCUGUACUCUUUGGCAAGUAAAUAAAACUUUUUGAAUGAUUCACUCAUUCAGCCUUGCACUUAUCUUGUCCGUUUUAUAGUUUGAGAACAGCAGACAAAUCACACAGUGCACAUUGUCAACUAAUAUUUUGUACAUUUAUUUUGGCUUAAACCAAAAACUACCAACUAACUACAAGGAACAAUUUUAACUCAUGUAGAAGGAAGAAAAUCGUUUGACAUUUAAAGAAAAUAUUUACACUUAGAAAAGUAGCAGGAAUUAUGUAAAUCAAGGUUGUCGUUUUUUUCAAGUAUGCUUCCAUUCUACUCAAAGUAGAAUAGAGCUAAAUCUUAAAAUCAAAAGUGGUUGUGAAGCGGUUGAUUAUUCUGACGAAAGUUUGAA